AUGGCAGCAAAUGCAACUAUGCCAGCUCGAGGUGCUCGUGGCGCUCCCGAAUUCGAUUCCAAGCAGCCUAGGGAGCUGCCCCGUUAUUUCUCCGAUUUGGAAUUCCACUUCACUGCAGCAAAUAUCACAGAUCCGCAGGAAAAGAAGAGGCAGGCAAUACGCUACCUGUCAUUCGAAGACGCCGAGCUGUGGGAAUCCCUUGAUUCCUUUUCCCCUGGCAUUGGCUACGAGGCGUUCAAGGCAGCCGUUGCAAAGCUAUACCCUGGGACCGACGCCGACCGCCGCUACGCACUUGCUGAUCUCCACACACUAAUUGGGGAGUACGCUAGCGUUGGAAUUCUCUCGCGUGCUGACUACAGUGAAUUCUACCGAAAAUUCCUUGUUAUCACCAAGUUCCUCGUCGCAAAAGGGCGUCUUUCUGCUGCAGAGCAGUCUCGAUCGUUUCGUCGUGCUAUCUCGCCCCCUACGCUCUGGAACCGCGUACACCAGCGCCUGCAGAUCAAGCAACCUGAUGUGCAUCCCGACGACCCGUACGACCUCGCAGAUUUGAAUGAGGCCAUGGAAUUUGUCCUCGCCGACUCAUCCUACGGUUCUGCAGCUCCUCCGUCCGCGCUUUUGUCGCCUACGCCCGUGAAAAAGGAGUCGGCAGAUCCAGGAAUCUCGCAAUUGAUUGAGUCGAUGAAUGGCUUGAUGAAAGUUCUGGCAGCUCAGGCUGCAGUCACGGCUCAAGCUGUUGCGGCUCAACAAUCUACUCGACCACCUCCCCCCACAAUUCCCGUCAAUUCGACUCCUCGGGAUCUCAGCUGCAGUUAUUGCAGCGAACAUGGGCAUUUCAUCAUUCGGUGCCCUCAUGUGGAUGAAGAUAUUCAAUCUGGGAAGUGUAAACGCAAUACGGACGGGCAGGUCGUCCUGCUGAGCGGCGCUUAUAUUCCACGGCGCAUCAUGGGCGUCAAUUUACGAGCUCGGUUUGACGAAUAUCACCGCCAGAACCCCGGACAAAUGGCCGCUCAAAAUAUGGUUGAAGUCUCGACUCAUUUCUUGACUUCCAAUCCAGCAGCGCCGGAGGUAUCCACUUUUGCCCUUUCGGAUGCUGAGAGAAUCCAGUCUCUCGAGCGCGAGAUCCUGGCGAUGCGCACUCGAUCCCAGGCACGUGCUGCACUGGAUCGGUCUGGGGACCGCGUCGAAGCCCCGGAACGAGUAGUUCGACCUGCGGCUCAAUCUACACCUGCCCCAGCUCGUGUGCCGGCCCCAGCUUCCGCGCCAGCUCCCGCCCCUGUGACCCGUCCUCCGGCUGCUAUCCCCGCUACUGCACCUGAACAUCCCUACGCGAAAGCCAAAGAUGCUGCGUAUGCUCCUCCCCGUGACCACAACGUUGGGGCUCGAGCUCCGGUCGUUCCCGCCAAGAAAACUGAUCCUGCGUACCGUUCUGUAGCGCCGGUUUACGAUCCAAAGCACGAGGAUGCUGUUUUCGGCCGAAUUCUUGGAGCCAAAAUCGAGAAUUCGAUCGAAGAAAUCCUUUCAAUCUCUCCGGGUGUACGGUCUCGUAUGAGUAACGCCACUACCAGCCGCCGCGUUCCGCCGACCUCUGGUGCCGAUUCUAAACCCCCGGCGGUCUCAACCCACAUCUACGACGAUUUCUCACAUAGAAACAUGUCCGACAGCGCGGCAAUCGAGCCUCUGGACGCCCAGACAUCUAACAAUGCACGAGACGCCGCAUUUCUCGAUUCAAUGCCUGCUGCACAAUGA